ACUUCCUUGUUUUACUUACAGGUUGGUUUUUACUCUGUAGUGCUUUUGGGUUGUCUUCUCCUUCUCCCUCCCUAUGUGGGUUUCCAAAAGCAACUUAUUUAUUUAUGUCGGAUAUCCCUCUACUUCUCCUCCCUCGACUGCCUCGCACCGUCGAUUUAUUUGGUAAUUGGUAAGUACAAAAUGAUACGGUGCUGCUUGCACUCCAAUUGGCAUUCAAGUUUCAAAGGCCAACUCUACUCCAACACAAAGUUAAUCCCCCUCUAUCAGAGACAAGGGCGAGGAGGAGGAGGAGGACAAUGUAGCAGAGAGCAAGUGUGCCUCCCGGGUUGUAGCUCUCUGCCCUUCUCUCAUUCGUGUUGUUCUUCUCGUGAUCGUAGAGUUGGUCAUACUCACGGUCAAAUCCCAUUUGUUUGGCCAUACUCCUCUGCACCAAGAACAAUUUUACAAGAAAAACUCUCCCGAAUUCUAAACUCAACAGCUAGUAAUAAAUCCAAAACUUCUUUACUGCCCAGUUUUACUAUACAGGGAAAAGUUUCAGAGCUAAGUGUUAGGUGGUUUUCUAGCUCCAGCAAUGAUGAUACAGAUUCCGAUGCUGAAAAUGAUGAGAAUGAUGAGAGUGAUAAUUGUGAAAGAGAAAACAAAGGUGCUAUUGUUAAAUCAACUGCAGAUCCUGCUGAGGUUCAUAAGGUAUGCAAGGUGAUUGAUGAGUUGUUUGCAUUGGACCACAACAUGGAGGCAGUUCUUGAUGAAUGUGGGAUCAAUUUAUCACAUGACCUGGUCAUAGAGGUGUUGGAAAGAUUCCGUCAUGCUAGAAAACCGGCUUUCCGAUUCUUCUGUUGGGCAGCGGAGAAGCCAGGUUUUGUCCAUGAUUCAAGGACUUACCAUUCGAUGAUGAUCAUACUUGCUAAGGCUAGACAGUUUGAGACUAUGAUGUCAAUGCUUGAAGAGAUGGGUGAAAAAAGGCUUUUGACGUUGGACACAUUUUCCAUUGCAAUGAGAGCUUUUGCUGCUGCAAAGGAGAGGAAAAAGGCUGUUGGUAUUUUUGAGUUAAUGAAGAAUCACAAAUAUAGAGUGGGUGUUGAGACCAUUAAUGCUCUGCUUGAUAGUCUUGGGAGGGCCAAGCUUGGGAAAGAAGCUCAGGCACUAUUUGGGAAGUUGGAAGGUAGGUUUACGCCAAAUUUGAGGACAUAUACUGUAUUGCUUAAUGGAUGGUGCAGGGUGAAGAAUUUAAUGGAGGCAGGGAGGAUUUGGAACGAGAUGCUUGAUGAGGGUUUUAAGCCUGAUAUUGUCACCCAUAAUAUUAUGCUUGAAGGGUUGUUAAGGAGUAAAAAGAGGUCUGAUGCAAUCAAGUUCUUUGAGGUCAUGAAAGCCAAGGGCCCAUCACCUGAUGUUCGAAGCUAUACAAUUUUGAUCCGGGAUCUAUGCAAACAAACUAAGAUGAAAGAGGCAGUUGGAUAUUUUUAUGAGAUGGUUGAUUCCGGUUGUCAUCCUGAUGCUGCAGUUUACACAUGUUUGAUGACAGGGUAUGGGAAUCAUAAGAGGAUGGACAUGGUUUAUGAAUUGUUGAAGGAGAUGAAAGAAAAGGGCUGUCCACCUGAUGGGAAAACUUAUAAUGCCCUUAUCAAGUUGAUGACCAGCCAGAGAAUGCCAGAUGAUGCAGUGAGGAUUUACAAGAAGAUGAUUCAAAAUGGAAUUGAACCUUCAAUCCACUCUUACAAUAUGAUAAUGAAAUCUUACUUUCGAAUAAGAAACUAUGAAAUGGGUCAUGCCGUUUGGGAUGAAAUGAGUAAGAAAGGUUUUUGCCCUGAUGAUAACUCCUAUACUGUUUUCAUUGGAGGGCUUAUAAGUCAGGGUAGAUCUGAAGAGGCAUGCAAAUAUUUGGAGGAGAUGAUAGAAAAGGGAAUGAAAGCUCCUCAACUAGACUACAACAAAUUCGCGGCUGAUUUCUCCCGAGCUGGGAAGCCUGAUAUACUUGAGGAGUUAGCUCAAAAAAUGAAGUUCUCUGGCAAGUUCGAAGUCUCUAAUGUGUUUGCCAGGUGGGCUGAGAUGAUGAAGAAGAGAGUUAAGAGAAGAGAACCUGGUAAUAGAAAGUGUACUCAACUUGCCCAAGGCCAACGGUACUCUCUUUAUGAGAUGGCAGAUGGAUGAUGGAUGGCGAAAAUCAUUUCUUCCUGUUCUUUACUGAUGAAUAUCUUUUUAAUGAUUGCCCAUUACCAAUGGUGCUGGUUUGUGUUAUAUAUUUUUGUAUUCAUUACGUCCCACAUUUCUUGUUUUAAUUCUUAUUUUAGUUAUUUUCAAGAGAUAUGUCACUUGUCUUUAAUGCAAUAUAAAUUGGGCCAGUUUUUAUUGGUACUGAACUUUCCUUCUC